UGCUGUCAUUGGAAUCAGCUGUGUGUUUAUCUUGUCUUUUGAAAGCGUAUUUUUCUAUUUUGGAUCAACCUCAGAUUUUUUCACUUUAUUUCUCCGAGUUAACUUUAAACAUCGCUAUCGUCCGUGUACGUACGUACAUUUUCGUCAUAGCGUAAGUUUGCAGUUAUUUGAUAUGUUUCGGCGAAAUCAACGGCUAAAAAUGUUAGUUGUUAAUAUGAGCCCCUGAGUGCGUUUAUGAUUUAUCCGAUGAAAUAUGUUUGUCAAACCUGAGGAAGUUUUGAUAGCCAACGCGUUUUGGGAAACUGAAGAAUCUUCAAUAUAUUUCGUGUUGCAACAUAGGAAAGGUCAUGGAACAGUUAAAGGAUUAUCUUCUCUUCUUGUUGGUACCAUGGACAGUAUUUUCGAUACCAAACCGGCUCCUUACAGAAUAUUGCAUCAAACCCCUAAUUCUGAACUAUAUCACUUGGUAGCAUGUGCUAUGACAAGAAACGAAAUCCUCAAAGAUUGGGACUGGCUAUUCAAUAAUGUCUGUGGCACACUUCAUUCAUUUGAAAGUGAGGAGGAUGUAACUGAAUUUGUGAUGUGCAAAAUUGAGUCUGUUAUUGCUGCCAAUCAACAAAUGGAAGUUGAUGAUGAUGAUUCGAAAGCCUUUAAAACAACUUCUGAAAAAUUCUUGAGACUCUUUGGGCUUUCUAAAGAGGAAAAAUUAGUAAAUUAUUAUUCUUGUAGCUACUGGAAAGGAAAAUUGCCUAGGCAAGGUUGGAUGUAUAUGUCUAUCAACUAUUGCUGUUUCUAUGCAUUUAUUUUGGGAAUGGACACAAAGAUAUGUAUAAGAUGGUCUGAGGUAACCAAUCUUAGUAGAAAGAACAGCUUAGUAUUUCCAGACUCCAUUAGAAUUGGCACUCGAGAAAAAGAAUAUUAUUUCAGUAUGUUCUUGAGGGAAAGUGAGGCCUUUAAUCUCAUGGAGCAGUUGGUAGAUUUAGCUGUUAAGCGGCUCAUUGAUGAUAAAAAAAGCUAUCAAGAAGAUAAAGAGUUGUUAAAUAAGUUGAGUAAAAAUGUUCCAAAAAAAGCAUCAUUCCUCAAACGCGAUCUCGACGCACGGGUCCAGUCUGAAGCAUACCGUAUGAUGUUCCGUUUGCCUGGGGACGAAAAGUUAGAUGGGUCAAUUGACUGUACUUUGCUGACCCCAUAUAAUAAGAAACACGUAUCAGGUCGCUUGUUCUUGUCACAAAAUUACAUUUGCUUCGAAAGUCGUGUUAAAGCCCAAGUAGGGCUUGUUGUUCCCCUCAGAGAAGUAAUAGUCGUUGAGAAAGUUGAAAAUAAUGCUAGUAACCAAUCUUUGGAUAAAGCUAUUAUUGUGACAACUGGGAACUCAUUAAAUAAGACAAAUUUCAUUUUUGCUCAAAUAUUGGAUCGUGAUUUUGUUGUCGACAAGAUAUCUGAGCUGUUAUCACGAACUCGGGAACUAAAGACUUUCGACUCGUCAAGCAUGAAGAGUUUCACCAGUUUCUCGGAUUCUGAAUCCAUUUGGAAAAUGCAGCAGGCAUUAAUGAGAGUGUUUCCUCUGAGCCCUAUUCCAGACGUAAACAAAAAACAGCAGCAAAAAACAAAAGAAUGGGAAGAACAUUUUAAUACUUAUGGACGGGGCGUGUCAAUGUAUAGAACCACCGAGGUGGCUGGUUUGGUCUUAACUGGCAUUCCAGAUCACUUGCGGAUGGAGAUAUGGAUGGCCUUUUCUGGUGCGGCAAACAUCAAAGCAUGUCAUCCGGGAUAUUAUAGGUCACUAGUAGACAGAGCACUCGAACAGCAGUCCACUGCUAAUGAAGAGAUAGAGAGAGACUUGCAUAGAUCGCUACCAGAACAUCCGGCGUUUCAAAAUUCGAUAGGCAUUGAUGCAUUACGCAGAGUGUUGUGUGCUUAUGCUUUACACAAUCCUAGCAUAGGAUACUGUCAGGCAAUGAACAUUGUAGCGUCUGUUCUAUUAAUAUACUGUAAUGAAGAAGAAGCUUUCUGGUUGUUAGCCAGCCUCUGUGAGAAUUUGUUACCUGAUUAUUACAACACCCGAGUGGUAGGAGCCGUUGUUGAUCAGGGCAUUCUGGACGAAUUAACCUUGGAGCAUUUGCCCACCCUACACGACAAACUCAACCAAUUAGGCAUGAUGAACAUGAUCUCACUGUCAUGGUUCCUAACCAUAUUCCUAUGCGUCAUGCCUUAUGAAAGCGCAGUCAAUGUUAUGGAUUGUUUCUUCUAUGAUGGUGCCAAAGUAAUUUUCCAGGUGGCGCUGAUGGUGCUAGAGUGGAACCAGGAGAAACUAUUACUUUGUAAGGAUGAGGGUGAAGCCAUGCAGCUACUUUCAGACUACUUGAUGGGUGUAUUCAAUGACGAAGGGCGUGGAGCAAUCAGAAAUAAAAGUUACGAUGAGCAGAAACGAAGUGUAUCAAUUCAAACUUUAAUAUAUGAAGCAUACAGGGAGUAUGGCACAUUAACUACCGGGCAAAUUGAACGUUUGAGAUUAAAACAUAGACUGAGGGUUGUGCAAGACUUGGAAGACACUUGCGAGAGGAACAUAUUGAGGAGUGUUAUUGGCGACGGUUAUUUUACACAUCAAGAACUCCAGGAAUUACUGAGUCUAGUCAGAGAAGAAAUAUUCAGUCAGAAGAAGCAAAUUAGUGAGAAACAUGAUCCCACCCUGCAACCUUAUGAAGCGUACAAAGUAGACUUUGACUAUUUCAAAAUAUUGUUUGCCGCCCUGUCACCAUGGGGAAGGGGUGAAACGGCUGAAUCUUUGGCUGCCAGGAUAUUCAACUUGAUGGACGCUAACCGGGAUGGAUACUUAAAUUUUCGCGAGCUAUCCGCUGCCUUGGGUCUCACGUCGACCGCUGACGCGUCGCAAAGACUUAAACUGCUUUUUGCUAUACACAUGCCUCCCUUAUUAUGCAUGUCGGACAUCGAAUCUCCGGUGAAAACCGAGUCUGGGGCGGAGGUGGCCUCAGAAGCGACUGAUUUUUUCAGCAAUGUGGAAAAGAGCGUGGACAGUCUGAGUUUGACAGAUGACGCGUCACCCACCGCUCACGUGAGCGCUAGAUUUACUUGGGGAAAAACAUACGACUCUCAGUCGUCAAUGGACAAUUCAAUCAGUAGUCAAAGCAGCACUACCGAGGCUAACUGGGAGGCAAAAAGUCUGUCACAUUUGCGUAAUCUAGUUCAAUCGAAAGACAACAAAUCUAACGUUAAAGGCAAUCUCCGGAUGCCUCAACCCCAUUUCAUAACACUGUGGAAGUCUGUCUAUGAUAUCUUUCAAACAGAACCUGAAGAUCAGAAUGUAUAUCAUGCUAUAGCAGAUGUAGGUACUUUACUUUUGCAACUAGGAGACGUGGGCAAGCAGUUUUUUAUCGCCCGUGAUGAAUCAGAGGACAGUCUGGCUAUGGCCGUUGAGGAAGUGUGUGGGCGUACUGCUUUAAACGAAGAUGUCGAGUCUCCCGAUAAAAACGGCAAUCCACCAACUCCAAAGACCGAAAUAAAGUGGUACAUAACAGUAGAGCAAUUCCUAGCGUCGAUCUUGCACGCCGACCCAUUGGUAAUAUUUUUCUCCAAGCGGUUCUCGAUCGGCGACGGAAUGAAAGUACUAAAAGGUCGUAGUUAUGCUAGGGCGAGCUCUUAUUGCGAAGAACCGGCAUUAAGAGUUCGAAAUUAAUCAACCAAUUAAAAAACGUAAAAAUACCAAUUUUUUUAGUUCAUAAAAAAUGUCUCCAAGCGAAAACAUUUUCUGGUCUUUACAGCAUAGUCAUUUUGUUAUUCGCAACGGUUAAAAUAUGAUUGUAUAUUGCUAUAUUUUUAUAAGUUUUUUAGUGCUACUAAGCAGAGUACAUGUAUAUAAGAAACAGAUUCAGGUUCGAUAAGGGGCAUUUUUCAGAACGUCUUUGUAAAAUAUUAAAAACUAAUUUAUAAAUACUAUGUAUAUUAAAAAACUAUACAAAAAGUUUUGUCAUUGUAAAAAACUAAUUUUAUUUUUAAAUGAGAAAAUUUGACCAAAUUUCUCUGUCUUGAAUUUAGCACCUCUUCCCAGAAUCACCGCGAGCAAGUUCUUGGAAUAUCUGAGAAAGUAUUGUGCAUUGAAAAUAUACAUACUGCCAUUGUGUUUUCUUGCAUUAAUUUAGUCAUAAUUAAUUUAAUUAAUUUCUGACAUUUUAAUAAAUAUGCUAGGUAGAGCAACAAACAAAAGAGAAGAGGAAUAAAUCAGUUUACCUAAGUUAAUUCAUAUCUGUAACUUUUUUUUCGGUAUUUUAAAGGAAACAUGUUUUGAAAAACGAUCUAAGUCACACCUACAUCACUGUUAAAAGUGCAAUAUCUCUAGUGAUUAUUAAAAAAAAACUAUUGUAUUUUUGUCUUUAUAGAUAAUAAAUUUAUAUAUACAUA